GGAGACUUUGCAGUGGCGGCAGCUUCGAAUGCGGCCUAGGGCGCCGGCCCCAGCUUCCCAGGGACCCUCCCCGGGGCCCUCUCGGCUUGCAGAGACGCCUCUUUCCGACUUCGUCCCAGAGACACCGUCGUCCGGGCUCCAAACCUCCCUCCUGGGGCCAAACCCGAGGGCCCCGUGACCCCUAGAGUUGGGGUCAGCCCGGCCAACCCGCUGGCCGAAGCCCACCGACCGUCGCCAUGGCCUGCAGUCUGCAGAAGCUGUUUGCUGUGGAAGAGGAGUUUGAAGAUGAGGAUUUCUUGUCUGCCGUGGAAGAUGCAGAGAACCAGUUUGCUCGCUCACGGCCUGUGAAUACAGGGUGCCUGAGAUCUGUCUCUUCCCGGCCACAGGACGCUGGGCAGGCACAGGCUCCCGGGCAGCUGCUGCCAUGUCCUGCUGCUCCUUCAGAGGCCUUGGGCCUGCCAGCCCUGGGACACCACCUCCCUACCUCCAGCAUGCCCAGGGCAGUCGGGGGUCCACUUUCCACAGGAACAGCUCCCCUCGGGCCUGUCUUUUCACCCAGCAGCUGGACUGGGAAUCAGAGAAGAGUGACCCUGACAGAAGUGCUCAAAGAGCCAGCCAGACCCCAGUCCUCAGCCUCCCACCCCCAGCUCACUUUAGAGAGCAAACGGCAGGUGAUUGGUGGCUUUGAGGGGCCUGAACAAGAUGAAUUUGAUGAAGUCCUGGCAAGCAUGGAGCUCGAGGGGCCCAACAUGGAGCUGGAACUUGGAGUUAGCAGAGAGGCCACCUGGCAGCAGGAGGACUCAACACUGGCUAAAAAGGCCCGAGUAGCUGAUCUGAGCAGAUCUUGCCAGAAUGGGCCCAUGCCUGCCACCCACAUAACUGGUGUUGUAUCAGCCCAGGGUGAGCCUCCAGAUCCCGUUGUGCACUGGAGGACUCCACAGCCUCACCUGAGACCUGGUGCUACGGGUAGCUUUCCUGUCCCAACUGCUUCAAUGGUUUGUGCUCAGCAAUCCCACCGGGAGGUCUCUCCCAGAGGUGCUGCUCUUCGAGCACCCCAGCCUCUCCAUGCUGCUGGCAGGCCUGUUCAUAGCAGCCCUCAAACUCGUUUCCCUGGUCAGCCAUUCCAGUCUCCAAACACCUGCUUAAGUGGCAAACCUCAUUUUCCCAGACCACGAACUCCCAACUCAAGCUGUGCUACUCCCUCAAGGACCAUCUCUGGAUUAUUUCCUCGGGGGCCCUUACAAACCCAAGCUCCAGCAUCUCCUGUCGUGUCUCCUGUCCGUACCCCAAAGGGCCCUCGUCCCUCCCUGGUCCCUCAAGCAGCUCUGCAGACACCGGUAGUCACCAACCACCUGGUGCGGCUGGUCACUGCUGCCAGCCGGACACCCCAGCAGCCCACCCACCCCACCACCUGUGCCAAAACGCGCCGCUUUCCUGGCCCAGCAGGGCUCCUGCCUCACCAGCACAGUGGGAAAAAUCUGGACGACAUCAUGGUUUCCACGCCCCAGACUCCGACUCACGGUGCUCUGGCUAAAUUCCGGACAGAGAUUGUUACUAGUUCCCAGGCAUUGGUGGAAGAAGAUUUUGGGCGAGGACCCUGGCUGACCAUGAAAUCUGCUCUGGGCCUGGAUGAGAGAGACCCCACCUGUUUCCUCUAUACCUACAGCAUCAUCAUGGUGCUGCGGAAGGCAGCCCUGAAGCAGCUUCCCAGGAACAAGGUCCCCACCAUGGCGGUGAUGAUCAAGUCCCUGACUCGGAGCACAAUGGAUGCCAGUGUGGUUUUCAAGGACCCCACAGGAGAGAUGCAGGGCACAGUGCACAGGUUGCUGCUGGAGACGCGCCAGAAUGAGCUGAAGCCUGGCUCAGUGCUGCUGCUAAAACAGAUUGGAGUGUUUUCUCCUUCGCUCCGAAAUCACUACCUCAAUGUGACGCCCAACAACCUGGUCCACAUUUACAGCCCAGAUCCUGGGGAUGGGAACUUCCUGAAGCCAUCUCAGCCCUUCCCCAAGGAUCCAGGAAGCUUCCAUGACAGCCUCCAGCACGAGACUGUGAAGCCUGGGAAAGGCCUCAGGACAGCACAGAACCCAGAGGCAGGGGCAUCCCCUGAGAAAGAACUCCCAGAGGCAGAUGACCUGGAUGGACUCCUGAGUGAGCUCCCGGAGGACUUCUUCUGUGGGACCAGCAGUUGGGAGCGUCCCAAGGCCGGGCACCCACCAUGAGCCAGCAGCCUCUCAGCACCCAGGCAAGGCUCUGGUUGUAUCUGAUCAUGUCCCAGAGGGAGAGGAAGACCAGCACAAUUGGAGAACAGACAAAGCUCAGGACUUCUGUGCCCCCACGCUGGACACUUUCCUGCAGAACAUCCUCAUCCCCCGGAUUGUGCACUGCUGUCACUUUGGUCUUCCUUUGGUGUACCAGAACUCUGCCAAGGAUUGGCUCUCCAGCCCUACUACCCUCCAAGCCUUUGGGUGCAUGGUUCCUUCUCCUCCUGCCAACAGGGAAGUGUGUCCCUCCCCUACCUCCGCCUGACUUUAGAGGAUGUUGGGCCUGGGCCCUUUACUCCCUAGUCCCCAGACAGCUGAGGUGCCAGGAGGCACCACACCAUAGCAGUGGCGACCUGUCCUUCAGGACAAGGCAGGAACACACUCAGACUUCCCUCUGCUUUGUCUCUUGAGGCCUGUAGCUGCCCAGGUCACCUGUGCCCAGGGCUCCCAGGUGCGGGGGCAGGGGUGUGGCUGCAGCGCCUUAUUCUGAAAUAAAGCAGCCGCGUGCUUCACCUGCCUCCCUCUCUUUUCUAGCCUUGCAGCUCUUUGUCCUGCCACCGGUGCUCUGGCCAGGGCAGAGCCACACUACUUGCUUUCUUUCUCUGUCUUUUUUUUUUAUAAACUUUUUCUUUUAGACAGGUUUAGGUUUACAGAAUUAUUGCAGAGAUAUCAGGGAGUUCUCAUAUACCCCACACCCAGUUUCCCCUCUUGUUGCCACUUAAGUAUGUUAGGAUGGUAGAUUGUGACAGCAAAAGAACCAGAACCAGUAUUGAUACAUUAUUAUUAACUGAACCUCCAACCUUUAUUCACAUUUACUUAGUUUCCCCCUGAUGUCCUUUUUCUAUUCCGGGACCCCACAUUACAUUUAGUCAUCCUGUCUCUUUAGGCUUCUCUUGGCUGUGGUAGUUUCUCAGACUUUCCUUGUGUUUUAAUGACCUUGACAGGUUUGAGGAGCACAGGUCCAGCAUGUUGUAGGAGGCCCCUCUGUUGGAAUUUGUAUGAUUUUUUUUGUGUGUGUGAUUAGACAGGUUAUGUUUUUUGGAGAGGAGGACGACAGAGGUAAGGUAUUGUUCUCACUGUAUCACAUCAAGGGUUGAUGUUGACCUUGAUCACCUGGCUGAGGUAGGGUUUGGCAGGUUUGCUGGGUUUUUCCACUGUCAAGUUACUCUUUUUCUCCCUUUCCAUACGAUGUUCUUUGGGAGAAAGUCACUAUGUGCCGCCCACACUUAAGGAAUGAGUUAUGAUCUACCUCCUGAAGGGCAGGACAUCUACAUGGAUUACUUGGAAUUCUUCUACAUGGGAGAUUGGCUUCUUCUCCCUUACUUUUUGUUCAAUCACUCAUUUAUUAUCAGUAUGGACUCAUGGAUAUUUAUUGUAUACUUUGAGUUAUAAUCCAAUACUACUUUAAUUUGUUGCCAAGCAACUCUUCGUCACUGUAGCUUCUUUGUACCACCUUUCAGACAGGAGUUAGACAAGGGUCCUAGGGGGGAUGUAAAAGGCCUAAUUAUACUAAAUUGCCAACCAAACCUUUUUUCCUUUGUGGAAUGAAAGGAAGAAAGGAAGAUUCUCUCAACACAUGGUUGAGGGGGUGCGGGUUAAAGACCCCAGUUUGAUGGCCAGCCUUGCCUUCCUCUGCCUCAGCCUUCAAUAGGGAGCUGUGAGUUGGGGCCUCCAAUGGCCUUGGUACUGCCCUGGGGGAAGGCAUUAGUCUCCCUUUUUCCAAGAGAGGCUGAUCCCGUGGAUCCCAGUCUCAAGGCUGAAGUGAGCAAGGAACUCCAUGUUCAGCUGGCUGCUGGUGGCAGUGGGGCCCUGUUCUGGAAGGCUUUUGUGGCCCAAGCUAAGGAGCAAAAAGGGGCACAAUCACCAGCACCCUGCCCUUUCACAUUCCCGUUUCGUCUCCCUACCUGAGCACGCCACGCACGUCUUUCUCUUCCCCGCACCACUAACUCCCCAGCUCCGCCUCAGUAGCUCAGGUCUGAGCCAGGGCCUGUCGACUCUGGUGGUCUUCCUGCACCUAAGCCAACUGCCCGGCCCCGGCCCGUGGCACUGGUCCCCACUCAGCCCCCUUGAGCCCUGGUCUCUACUGUUUGCAAUCCUGAUGGAUGUCCUGGUUUCUCCUGUGCUUCAUCCCCCAAUAGGCUCUGAGCUCCCGGGGGCCUGCAGUCACCUGGCACUGUCCCCGCCAGUAACACUGGGCUCCCUGUGGGUUCAUGUGUGGGCUGAAGUAAAGGCCACGGGAAGGUAAUGCUGAGGACAGUUUUUCUGGCCUCAGGAAGUUAAGGCGAAGGACAGGAGACAACACACGGUGUCUCUGGGGACAGAGCUGUAGUUACAGCACCCUCAGGCUUAUGACAGAAAGGCUGCAGAGACUGGCGAGGUCAGCGCAGCUGCAGGCCCCACUCGCCAUGACUAUCCUGUGCCUCAGGAGAAGGGGACUCCCACUUCACCUUGGUCCCUCUUGGCCCCAACCCAGACUUGCCGGCUCUCAACCCUGGGAACCCAGCUGUGGGUGCUCAGCCAGGCCAUUGGCGGGGCAAUUAAUACACAGAAUGGGUGCCAACAGGGUUAAUCACAGCCACAUUUACAGAGGUGCCUUUCUCUGAGGAUCUCCAAGCCCUCGCCAGGCAUGACCUCAUUGCUCCUCUGGGAUUCCCCCACCCUGGGACACCACCAAGAAGCCGGGGCCGGAGUGGGUGAACAACAGGGUAAGGGCAGAGCCGGAAACAGCCCAGGCUGCUGCCACCCACUUGGGCAGGCAGAUGAGUGUUUGCUCUGGCAGAGAACAGGGGCCCUCAGUCAAUGCGCUACACAUAAGAGGCCGGCCUGCGACAAGCCAAGUGCUGCUGAACACCACAUCAAGACCUAUUGUGUGCCAGGCCCUGCUGGGUACCAGGACCUCCAGUGAUUAAAUGCAGGUCCUGCUCUGCAGCCCACCUCCAGCGCGGCAGGCUGUCAUCUACAGGACAUGGGGACAGGUUCUUGACAAAGGGCACAUGAAGUCCUCCUGGAGCUGACGGGGAGUGGCUGGAACUGCUGGGGUGGGAGACCCAAGCUGCUGUAGGGAUGUCUCCCAGGGCAGGUGACCUUUGAGGUGGACUUUGAGGAAUGAGUCAGAGGGAAUUCCAAGCAGAGGGAAUGGCAGGGAAGGGCGAGGAGCCGUGCUGAGGCCAAACCAAGGAAUUGGGGCUUAGUGGGAGAGGGCAGGGUUCGGAAGUCAGCUGACGCUUUCAAGCUCAGGAAUGAACUGGUCUAGACAAGUCAUUCCGUGCGGGAGAGGGACAGAGGG